AUGCAGCUUGGAAUGAGGAAUGCUGGGCUCUUGGGGCUGGCUGAGCAUAGACAGAUUGUUCUGAGUGGAGGGUGCUUACCACCAGAACGUUCUCCUCAGCGGUCACCCUUCCUGACCCACAGCUGUCCUCAUGGACUCUUGGGUCUGGAAAGUGUUUGCCCAGAGUCCCAGAAGUGUCUCUCUACCCACACACCACACCUUACUAUUUUAAAUGCAUGUCUCAAGCCAAAGCUGCUAACGAGGUUGGAGAAACAGGUGAACAGGAAGGCAGUGGUGGCGCUGAAGGAGCUGAGCCAGCAAAUCCAAGAAACUAAAUGCCGGCGGGAAAGGCUGCUGAAGGACACCAGGCAGCUGCUGGAGGAAAAACACCGUGUGCAGGCCGAAAACCAGCUUUUCAUGGACUACCUGCAUCAAAACAGCCAGCGGUGUGAAAAGAAACGGGAGGCGCUGUGGAAGCUAUGUGGCGAGAUAGAGCGAAGGCGACAAGAACUGGCGUCCAGAUACACCCAGAGAAAUGCAGCCCUUCGAACACAGCUCCUGCAGGGCAGAAAGACCCAGGAGGACUUAAGGCAGCAGCUGCAGGCACUGAAGACCGUUUACAUGGUAAAGGAGAGGCAGGACGCGACAAUACAGACCUUGGAGAAGGAGAAAGAGAAAAUCCGAGGUGAGGCAGCAGCCAAGGACCAGGAGGCACACAUCCGCUUCCUUCGGGAAAAGGCCCUGAUGGAGAAGGAGCUGCAAGAGUUGGACUUGAUGGAGCUGGGGCAGAUCAGCACUAGGGGCCUUACGAGGAAGUACAGGGCCUUGGUGCAGGCCUGCAAGCAGGCUCAUUUUGAGUUCUGUGGCCGUCUCCACAGAGAGAACCAGCAGCUACGGAAGGAGCUCCAGCAACUGAGUCAGGAGUACCGGAAGGUGGAAGCUGUGAGAAUCCGGCUGGAGAAGCAGCAGCAGCUGGUGAAGGAGCAGCAGUGGUAUCUAGAAGCCUUGACCAGAGGGCGGCGGCGGCUGCAGGCAGAACGUGAGAGGCAUGAAGAUUGUUCUAGGUGCCCCAGAGACCACUCUGAGCUGUCCCCUAGACACAAGUCAAGACUAAACCCAAGGCAGCAUCUAAAACUACUGAUCACAUAAGAACUGCACAUGGGAAUAAUCUACAAUCCAGACAAUGCUCAGUGUGGGCAUAGAGUUAGCCGUGUUUUUGUGGAGGGGCCUUUAGGCUGUGAGGUGCUUCUUGACAGGAAGUUCGGAAAGUAGCUUCUAGGCCACCGACUCAGCGAUGUGCUUUCAUCUGCCAUGGAUGCUUAGAAAACUUGUGAAGAAUCUUGUGCCAUCCAUUUCCAUUCACAAUUCUAAGACCGUCAAGUGAAACUGCCCAGUCACAGUAUGUACCGGAGUUUAGGGUGCUCAGUUU